AUGGCACUUCUAUUACUGUAUUGUGCUGGACAUGUCUUCAAUCUCAUUGUUAAGGAUGGGCUUACGUUUGUGGAACCAAUUGUUGAGGACAUUCGUGAGAGUAUCAAGUACAUUCGCUCUUCACAGUCUAGAAAACAAAUGUUCAAGGAAAUAGUUGCACGGUUAGGCAUUACAUCUAAGAAGAAGCCAGGCCUUGACGUGACCACACGUUGGAACUCAACGCUGUCAAUGCUUGAAGCAGCCAUUAAGUUUAGGGCAGCAUUUGACACACUAAAAUCAGAGGACCAAAAAUACACUUCUGCACCCUCUGCUGAACAAGGGACAAGAGCUGAAGUACUUUGUAAGGUGCUGGCAGUCUUCAAAGAUGCAACUGAAGUCAUCUCAGGCAUAGAAUACCCUACCUCAAACCUCUACUUCCAUCACAUGUGGAAGAUCAAGCUAACUUUGGAACAAGAGUCAAACAUAGAAGUUGCUGAAAUUGCCAAUGUAUUGGAAGGGAUGAAGAAGAAAUUCAAGAAGUUUAAGCUUAAGUUUCUUGAAUUUCUUUUUACCAAGUCCUAUCCUAACACUGGCAAGCAAAAGAUUGAUGAAGUGAAAAAACUUGGGCUUGGGUUAUUUUCAUCAUAUUCAACUCAGCAAGCAGAGCAGCAAGUAAAGCAAGCUGAAAAUGCUGAAAAGAGUUCAGUAGGGGAAGAUGUAUGGGCUGCAUGGGAUCAUCAACUUCUCAAUGACCGUGAAACUCAUAUGGCCACAGAGCUUGAUAGAUAUUUGGAGGAGAGUCCAAUCCCACGGUCAGAAGAAUUCGAUAUAUUGAAGUGGUGGAUGGGCAACUCAUUGAAGUAUCCAACUCUUGCUCGCAUAGCACGGGAUUUGCUAGCUGUUCCAGCUUCUGCUAUAGCAUCUGAGUCAGCUUUUAGCACAGGAAAAAAAAUUAUCAGUGACCAUCGCAGCAGCUUAGCCCCCGAGAUGGUUGAAGCACUAAUAUGCACUCAGGAUUGGUACCGGGCAGCAGCAGGUACCAACACUGAAGAGUGA